AUGGCGCGGCUCCGCGCCGUGUACGCGCUGCGCGCGAGGGGCGGGGCCUCGUACGUGGGGUUCUCGGUGGCGCCUGCGCGGCGCCUACGUCAGCACAACGGGGGGAGGAGCAGGGGCGGGGCCAGGAAGACGGCGAGGGCGGGGCCGUGGGAGAUGGAGCUCUUCGUGUACGGCUUCCCCUCGGACGUGGCGGCGCUGAGGUUCGAGUGGGCGUGGCAACACCCCUCCCUCUCGCGCCGCCUCCCCGCCGUGACCCCGCGGCGACCCCGGGAGCAGCCAAUCAGCUUCGCCCUGCGGGUGCUGCCCCUCCUCCUGCGGGCCCCGCCUUGGUCCCGCCUCCCCCUGCGCCUGCGCUGGCUCCGCCCCCCUCCGCAAGGCCCCGCCCCGCUGCGCCCGGCCCCGCCCCCUCACGUGGUGCAGGAGGAAGGGGCCCUGCCCCCGAGCCCUAGGAAGGGGAGGGGCAGGAGGAGGCCACGCCCCCGAGGCGCCGAGGCCACGCCCACGGAGGAGGAGGCCACGCCCACCCCUGAGUGUGCCCUGUGUGGGGAGGAGUGUGGGCCGGCCCCGCCCCCCCUGCGCUGUCCCCGCCCCCCCUGCCCCAUGGCCGCCCAUCCCCCCUGCCUGGCGCGGUGCUUCCUGCGCCUCGAGCCCCGCGAGCUGCUGCCGGUGGGCGGGGCCUGCCCCAGCUGUGACUCCUACCUCCUAUGGGGCGACCUCAUUCGCUACAGCCUCGGUGAAGGUGACGUCAUCGAGGGGGCGGAGCCCCAGGUAAGACCCGCCCCCCUUUGCCCCACCCCCUUUUUUUAA